AUGGAGCAACUUUGGAAUGAAGAUGGUCAUCUGGAUCUUGUUAAUUUAAGGGGACUUGACCUUUAUUGCAAGAAAUUGAGGAAGAUCCCUAGUCUAGCAAGGGCCGUCAACCUUAAAAAGCUUUACCUUCAAGGGUGUGAAAGUUUGAUUGAACUUCCUUGCCUCAAUCAUUUGUCAUCUCUUGAUUGGCAGUGGUUUAAGCUUGAGGAAUGUUAUAGUCUCAGCAAGUUUCCAGAGCUUCCAAAUAAUUUUGUUUAUUUAAAAUUAGAAAAAACUAGUAUUGAAGAACUCAAGGGUCAAAUAUGUAUCAAGCAAUAUCUCGAAGCUGAAAUCCCUUAUUGGCUGGAUCUUAGUCAUUGUCCUGUCACCGAAUUUGCAGAAAUCCCGAGAAGAUUAACAGAAUUAGACUUAUCUGGGACUCGUAUUAUAGAGGUGGCCUUGUCUUUCUACUCUUUAAGUGAUCUUCGGUUCUUACAUAUGAGCAGCUCAAGUAUUCAAAAGCUUGAAUGCAAUGUCUCCCUCUCUGGUUCAGUAGCGGUUGAUGUGUCCUCACCAAUCAUGAGAUGUAAAAGCCUUGGAUCUUUGGCAGUGGAUCAUUGCAAGAGCCUUAAAUUACUCUCCGAACUUCCACCGUAUCUAUGGUUAUUGGAUUCACAUGACUGCACAUCGUUAGAAAAUGUAUCCUUAACGGAUCAAAAUUUAUAUCAAUACAGUUCAGAUGAUGAUGAUGAUGAUGAGGGUGGUGGUUAUGGUGUGUUUUACUUGUUAUUCUCUAAUUCUUUCCGCUUGAAUCAAGAUUCGGUUGACAACAUUGAGGUGAAUGCCAUGCUUAAUAUUGGAUCCGUAGCUGAGAAAUGGGCAUUCAGAUAUGAUUUGUACUUCCAUCCUGAAUGUGUACCGAGUUUGAUUUGUUGUUUCCCUGGAAAUAAAAUAUCGGCAAAUAAGUUCGAAUAUCGGAGCUUGAAUUCUUCGAUAAAUUUGGAGAUAUCCCCUAAUGGGAGUAGUAGGAGCAGAAUUUUGAGCUUUGCUGUCUGUCUUGUGGCCGCUGGUGGUUGUGGUUAUGAAAAUUUCGAAACUGGUUUAUAUUACUGGAGAGAAUAUCAGCAGGAUCGGAAGUGCAUCGGUGAUCAUGUGUUGAUUCUAUCUAGUAUCAAAAUGUUUAUAGAAGACAAGGAUUAUGAGGAGGCAUCAUUUGAAUUCAAACUCAUAAGCUACAAGUUCAGUGCGGACGAAGAAAUAGAAGGCAAUUAUAUCGAAGUGAAGAAAUGCGGUGUUUAUGUAUUUUACGUGGACGCAGAGAGUGAUGCCUAUAGUGAAGAUGCUAAUACAGAGGAAAUCGUCGAAUCCAGUGAAAGUUUCGACUCUGAUGAGAUGAGCAAUGAUGACUCCGGCAGGAAUUCGGACUCCCGAGAAGAUGCUAAUGUUGAGGAAGUCCAUGUUGAUGAUGCUACAGAAACUGGACAUGGGGACAAAAGAAGAUUUAUAUAUGAUGGUGAAGAAGGGGAUGCAGAGCCUAAGAGAUUGGAAUAA